AUGAUAGCUACUAUGCUAUCCCAAUAUGAAUAUGUUCUUAUAUCCUAUGAAGACACAUGCGAUACAAUUAGUAGUGCUGUUUCUGAGCCUGUAAAUCAAGAGGAAGAUAGUUUUGAAUUUGAACAGGAAGAUUAUACAAGUGACACUUACGAAGAAGAAGAAGAAUAUGAAGAUGAAUCCGAUGUUGAGAUGGACAAUGAUGAAGAUUCUUCAUUGGAAUCAAUCUCGGAAUUGAAUUUGAUUCACCGAUUCAUUAUUAUUUCGGUUGCUCUUUUUGUCUCACUAUACGUCGUGGAUGAAGGAGCUGUAAUCCUGAUUGCCAUAAUCAGCAAGAUCCUGCAGUUUUUGUUUGACCCAUUCCGCCUUCCCGUGAGUGUUGCUGGCCUCAAACUUUUGGCCGGAUUUGAAGCAUUGAUAAGUGGUGUCAAGAAAUAUGUUGUAUGUAGUGAAUGCCAUGUCAUAUAUGAUAAUGAAGCCGCCCCUUUGUGUUGUACAUCACCCAAUUUUGAUAAAACCUUCUUGUGUGGCAACAGCUUGUUUAAGUCUGGUCCCAGGUCAAAAACACCCAAAAAGACAUAUGUAUUCCACUCUGUCAAGAAAGCCCUAAAGACGUUUUUUCAAUGCCCGGAUUUUGAAAACAAGAUCAACUCAUGGAACCGCGGCCCAAAAAUGGAUAGCACUUUGUUUGACGUGUACGAUAGUGCAAUGUGGAAUGAGAUAGUAGACGUAGAUGGUAUACCUUUAGUUGAUCAGUGA